UCUAACAACCGACCUGUACGCGAUGGAACGCAAGUUCAAAAACGUCGUGUUGGCGACGUUCCACGAGGAAUCGGUGUCCAGUCUGGACGAGGCGUCCGGCGCGUUUCGGCUGGACACCGAGGCAGUUCGGAAGCGGUUGAAGGCCGCCCGACAAGAGUUUCACUACAAGUUGAAACCGUCACAUGGCCAUCCCCGUAACACCUCGAGGUUGGAGUCGCUGAUGGCCGACUUUCAGAGGUUUAAUGCCGAGUGUGCGGAUACGUUGUCCAGCACUUGCGACCAGAUCGAGAUUGGCCUCGAGAAAAUCGACAAAAACUACGACGCUAUGUGUCCAAAAGACGUUUUGGCGGCAACCACGUUAUAUGUAAAAUGUUUCGCCAAACUCAAAACACUACUGGAAAACGUCGACGGUUCGAAAUCAGCCGUAGCCAGUAUUGGGUCUGGUGAUUUGCCGGAAUCUCUGGCCAAAUCCGACGUCAAACAGGCCAUAAGCAACGUGAAAAGCCAUCUACGGACGAAAUCCGGCACCAUCUUUUGGCCAGAUAACAGUCAGUUGUGGUCCCACAACGUUCAAGCGUUUUCGAGACUCUGCCGCGAACGGUUCGGCGACGUCCAGACGUUCGGUGUCGUCGAAAAAGCGAAAAUGGUCGACUGGGCCACGGCAUUCGUCCGGGACGUGGAACGAGUGAAGGAACUCAACGGCCAAUACGUUACCAUCUAGGUAUAUACCUGGUACACGACUAGUGCUUACCUAUAUAAUAAUAACUGCCCUGCAGCGGUGGGUUGCACGACGAUGAGCGAGGAUCGGUGAUCGUAUUGAUAUGAUAUUAUGUCAAGCAAUCCUGCACCCACGCUUAUUGUAUAUUAUAAUAAUAUGUAACCCACAUCGACGUUUAAGUCUUAACCUGCAGGUGCAUAACAAAAUAUUAUUAUACUUAAUACUAUAAUCAUUUUGAAUAUUAUAAUUAUUAUGUUUUUAAUCGCACUCGUCCACAUCGAUUUU